GGGCUCGCUUCCUGUAGAGGCCGGAAGUAGCUCUCCGCCCUGCCAGUGGGCCAUGGAGGCGGUGGCACAGUAGCACCUGAGGUGUGAAGAUUGCGGGGCGGCGGCCAUGGAGGCCGUGCUGAACGAGGUGGUGUCUGUGGACGACUUGCUGAAGUUUGAAAAGAAAUUUCAGUCCGAGAAGGCAGCAGGCCCGGUGUCCAAGAGCACGCAGUUUGAGUAUGCCUGGUGCCUGGUGCGAAGCAAGUACAACGAUGACAUCCGUAAAGGCAUUACACUGCUGGAGGAGCUGCUGCCCAAAGGGAGCAAAGAGGAGCAGCGUGACUAUGUCUUCUAUCUGGCUGUGGGCAACUACCGGCUCAAGGAAUAUGAAAAGGCCCUGAAGUACGUGCGAGGGCUGCUGCAGACUGAGCCCCAGAACAACCAGGCCAAGGAACUGGAGCGGCUCAUUGACAAGGCCAUGAAGAAGGACGGACUAGUGGGCAUGGCCAUCGUUGGAGGCAUGGCCCUGGGCGUAGCGGGACUGGCCGGACUCAUCGGAUUUGCUGUGUCCAAGUCCAAAUCCUGAACGAGACCGCACCUCUGCCUCUGCCCGGGGACAUGUAGGAGCCCGUGGAGGUCACUCGAAGAGGGGCCUGUCCAUUUUCCCUGUCUUCUCCUCCGCCUGUUACUGUCCUCAGCCUCCUCUCCCCUGAUUAGCUCCAAAUCCUGUGCUUUGGGAUGAGUGUAAAUAAAAUUGGGCUUUGUCUUGGGAA